CCACAACCUCACCUAGAGAGGCCUGGGAAGAUUUGGUGUGGGUCUGGGUGAUCCUGAGAGGCCGAGACCCCAUAAGGGUCCUGUGAUAGGCAAGAGUGGGUGGGGUGUUUCUGGCAGGAAACGGAAGUGCCAGUAACUUCUACACUAGUUAGUACACUUGAGAGCACCGGGGCUCACUUCUCACUCAACACAGCCGGAGUCAGAGGUGGGUGCCUACGCAAAGGCCAUCGGAUCAAUGGCUCUGCCUGGUCCCCUCCGAUGGAGGGUGCUGUUGGCCCUGCCAGGGGCCUUGGCCUCGGGGGUGGGCACAGAGGACGGUGCGGGCUCCAGCGCUGUCACCAUCGUCCUGCUGUUCCUGCUCCUACUGCUGCUUGUCACUGCCCUGGCCUUGGCCUGGCGCCGCCUCAGCCGGGUCUCAGGGGGCUACUACCACCCAGCUCGCCUGGGUGCUGCGGUGUGGGGCCACACCCGCCGCCUGCUCUGGGCCAGCCCUGCAGGCCGCUGGCUCCGGGCCCGCACUGAGCUGGGAUCCCCAGAGGAACCAGAGCAGCAAGAGGACGAACAGGAUGCCGAAGAGGAUUUCAUGAUGGACGGUGGCCCCGAGGAAGCUGGUCCCCAGGAAGAGGAGCAGCGGUGUGAGGCAGGAGCUCAAACAAAGCAGGGCCCAGAAGCACAGGACACAGACAGUGAAGGGGGCCUGGACCUCAGCUCUCAAGUUCCUGUGGGCUCAGGCAGCAGCGCUGAGGCCCUUCUGAGUGACCUGCAUGCCUUUUCAGGCAGUGCAGCCUGGGAUGCAGACAGUGCCAGGAAGGCAGGGGGCCAGGGCCUCCAUGUCACCGCACUGUAGGAGCCAGCUUGUGGUCCUGUCCCUGCCCCAGCCCCUGACUAUCUCUCUUCCCAUGUUGUCCCGAUGAAACACAAGCUGCCCCGGACCUUCAUCAUCCCAUCCUCACCUGCAGCUUCUCAGACUGCCACCCGACCAGUUUCCCAGAGUGUGCCCCUCCACACACACACACCGGGCAGACACUGAAAAUAAAACUUCUCAAGUCCUGA